AUGGGCUGGUUAACCCUCCGCCGCCGCGCCGACAACCACAUCUCCGACGCGGGAAUCAUCCCAGUACCGAUCUCUCCAGGGAAAACGGGUGCCUACAGCGAGCACACCGAAGACAUCAGCACCACCACUCCAACCAACAUACAAUCACACCCACCGUCCAGACCAUCCACCUUCCUCGGCAAAACCUACACAUUCCACCUCAAUAUCCCCGAUACAGACCUCCCCUACAUCCCCCCUUCAACCCUCCAUCAACUCGAAGAAUCCUGGAAGAGUUCCAACCCCUCACCAACCGCCCAACACUCCACAAGCCCACCAGAAUCCGUCCCCUUGUGGAUCGUAAUCGACAACAUCGUCUACGACUGCACGGCCUUCCAACACACGCACCCCGGCGGUUCUGUGGUGAUCCGCUCGUUCGUGGGACAGGAUUGCUCGUGGCAGUUUUGGCGGUUCCAUGGCCCGUCGCAUUUGAGCGAGUACGGGGGACGACUGAGGAUUGGGAGGACGAGUGGUGUUGCGAAUCGGUUUGUGGAGCCGCCGCGAAUGGCAGCGAAAGAGAUCAAACCUAAUGGCGUUGGUUGGCGAACCUGCGGUGUACUACCGGCAGCGGAAUCUGAGAGCGGCCAUUGGGGUCCUCCUAGUGUCAGGAGUCGGUCGAGCUGGUUUGAGGAUGGUGUUGCGGGUCGGUUUCUCCAGUACUGGGUUUGGUGGUUUGGCUUGGUUGGAAGAUUAGCAGUGCAAGAAAGUUUCGAGAUAGUAUCAGAGCAGCAGUAUCAUGGACAUGACUUCGUAUACUUCGUAUACACGGUGCAACACUCAGCCAUCCCCAGAUCUAUCCGGGAUGACUUAAUUCAGGAACGCUCCCUAUGCCCGUGGCCACAACGGAGAAGCGCGGAGUGGAGCGCGGCGAAGGACGGAGGGUCCGCUCUGGAAAUUGGAGACAUGCGGGGUGCUGCCUCGGUCCAUGGCCGAUUGCCUACUUAUUAUAACGAGGGGCACGGAGAGGAGCUCCUAAGAUUCGCAAUAAAACUCAAUUCCAUCUUUAUUCCCAAGAUGGCAUUCAAUUACUGCGCCUACGUUGACCCUGCCAGCGGGGAAGACCGCAUCGGCUCCCUCGACCAGCAAUCCUCGCACAUCCAACCCCUGGCCUUCACGUCAGGAACAAGGAUAACAAAUCUCUACCAAGUCAUUGAAGCCGGCGAGGCCAAUAUCAUCAAUGCUCGCGCCGACCCUCUCCCUCUAUCCAGCGUCAAGCUCCUCCCCACCAUCUCCGGCCGCGAUAUCCUCGCCGUUGGCAAAAACUACGCCGAGCACGCCAAAGAGUUCAACUCGUCUGGGUUCGACUCCUCAGACAAAGUCGACCAGCCGACUGCGCCGGUGAUCUUCACGAAACGCGCCACCUCGAUCAUCGCACAUGGCGAAGAUGUCCUCCUCCACCCUGGCUUCACCGAAACCCCCGACUACGAGGGCGAGAUCGGCGUGAUCAUCGGCAAGGCAGGGCACAAGAUCCCCGAGUCCGAGGCGAUGGACUAUGUCUGGGGCUACACGAUCAUCAACGACUUCACGGCUCGAGAGAGACAGCGCGAUCACAAGCAGUUCUACAUCGGCAAGUCGCCCGACACAUACUGCCCCAUCGGGCCUGUCGCCGUGCCCAAAGAACGCCUCCCUGAGAAGGAGAACAUCCGCCUGCAGACAUUUGUCAACGGCGAGAAGAGGCAAGAUGCCACGAUGGACCAGCUGAUCUUCUCCAUCCCCAACCUCGUCUCCACCCUCUCCCAGGGCCAGACCAUCCAGCCCGGAGACACAAUUGCAACCGGCACCCCCUACGGCGUGGGCUUCGGCUUCCGGCCCAUGAAGUUCCUCAAGCCUGGCGACGAGGUCAAAGUCUCCGUCACCGGUCUCGGCUGCCUAGUCAACACGAUGGCCGCGCUCGACGCACCGAACCCAACACUCAACCGCGUGCAAUCCUCCACCUCCAUCCCACGCGCCAACCUAAAGACCCGCAGCACCAACGGCCUCCUCAAGGUCGGCCCAAAGCACCUCUUCUACCAAUUCCACGGCCAGAAAGACGGCACCCCCGUCAUCUUCAUCCACGGCCUCGGCGGCUCGUCCUCGUACUUCACGCCCCUCUUCGAUAAGCUCGCCCCAACGCACGCCCUCCACCUCACAGACCUCGAAGGCCACGGCCUCUCGCCCACCUCCGCCCUAAGCAGCCUGACAAUCACCUCCCUGGCCAACGACAUCCGAGACGUCUACACCCUCGCCACGAACUCCCCUAAACCCGCCACCGUAAUCGCCCACUCAAUGGGCUGCCUCGUCGCGCUGAAACUCGCCCUCGACACACCAGACCUCGUGGAAAAACUCAUUCUCCUCGGCCCCCCUCCCUCUCCCUUGCCGGAAGCAGGAAGCACCGCGUCCUUUGCGCGCGCCGAAACAGUUCGUGCCCAGGGCAUGCUCGCUGUAGUCGACGCCAUCGUAAACGCAGGUCUCUCCGCCAAGACGAAGUCGUCCAACCCGCUCGCUGUCACAGCCACAAAGAUCUCCCUUCUAAGUCAGGACCCGGAGGGGUACGCGAAGGCGUGCAUGGCUCUUGCGCGCUCUGCGGAGGAGACGCUGGAUGUCGAGAGGAUAGCAGCCAAGACGCUGAUUCUCACCGGUUCGGCGGAUGCUGUUUCGCCGCCGGCGCUGUGUGAGAGGUAUGGGGGGAGGAUUCCGGGCUCCGAGGUUGUGGUUCUGGAGGAUGUGGCGCAUUGGCAUCUUUUUGAGGAUGUGGAGGGGGUUAGGGGGGCUGUGUUUGGGUUUUUGGGUGUGUAG